CUCCCCGUUUCUCUCUGUCUCCCGCUCUCAUUCCCUCUCUCCACUGCCAGAGAGAGAGAUGAUCGGAGGAGCGGAGUCUCAGUGAACAGAGCGAAGCGAUGGAGAGAUGCUCCAUCUCUCCUGUCGCUCGACUGACUGCCCUCCUCCUGGUUGCUCUGGUGACACAGCCCUCCACCUGUAACCGUGACGACAACGAGGGCAAGGAGGAGCAGCAGCUGGACGCCCUGUCGGUCCAGCUGUCCGUCACGCCUACCCCUCUGUGGGCGGUGGUCUGGGGUCCCACUCAGCCUCUGGAGGACGAGACCUACCACUUCCUCUCCAGCCAGGAAACGGAAGCCCUGCAUGGGGGCCUCGGGGGGGGACAGCAGGAGGCGAGCACCCCCCCCGAGGCGCACUGGCCCACGAGCUUCCAGCCCGGAGAGGACCCCCCCCUGAAGUCCAAAGACCAGGGGGGGGGAGGAGGGGAGGAUGGAGGGACGGAGGCGGAGGAGACGGAGCCUGAGGAAGUGGACCCUCAGUUCUACGUCACCUUGACCAUCUCCUCGCUGCUCCUCCUGACCGCAGUCGUCAUUACAGCCAAACUCUGUUACGACCGCAGCUGUUCCCAGCAUCCACCCCCGCUUUCCCGUGGCGUUGCCCCCCCGCUCUCCCUGGCUCUCCCCCGCUCCCUGGCUCCAGAGGACAGCCGGCAGACGCUGCACUCCUCCUCCACCAACAGGGAGAGGAUCCCAGUUGUGAACCUCUGAGGUGACUGUUUCUCCAUAUGGUAAACAUAUCUACGGGGCCCGAGGAGGAGCAUCAAUCCGACCGGAGGGUGUGCCCGCAGCGCCGUUUUAUUUUCUCUGAAACUGUGAAUUGAAUCCAGGGGUCCCAGAUAUCCAGCCUUCACAAAACUCCUCCACUUCCCCGAGGUCUAAACACCCCAAACUCAUCUCCCCGCUGCUCCCGCCUCCAUCCUUUGUACGGUUUAAAUGUUCUUUCAUGUGGCUCUGCGUCACUAUUACCCAUCCCCUUCAUAGCCUUGAGCUCUUCUCCUCGGCCCGCCAUGACUAAUUCACAAACAAUCAGUUUAACAGACGCUCGACAUCCCAUUGCCCCUGAAAUGCCCUACCUGUGCUUCCACAGCUGACCCCACAUGCACUUGUAAAGCCGACCAGUGUCCCUUUGAAUCCAGCAGACUGUUCUUUCAUCCAAAGUGACUUACAUACUCAAUACAGUGGACAAUCACCACAGGAGUCAUUUGGGGUGAAGUGUCUUGCCCAGGGACAUGCUGACUGCAGUGUGGUUUGAACCUGUGACCCCCUGAUCCGAACACCUACGGACAACCCACUGCGCCACACGCCCCCACUCAUCAAAUGACACUUCAAUUCAGUUGAAUCUGGUUUGCAAAUGGUUAAAAAAAGAAGCCAUUCUCAGCAUCUCCAAACACUGAAUGGGGUAUUUCACAAAGCUGUUUGGCAGGGCCGUAGCCAACAGGCAAUGUGUUUAACAUGUCACGCUCCAAAAUCUGCUGUUUAUUCCCCGCUUUGGGCGCCUGAAAUGCAAAUAGUGUGUUUUUAGUUUUUUCCUCUGUAGUGUAGCGGGAGUCGGUUUUUGUUUCGGCUUUUUCCUCAUGAUUUGUUUCCUUCAUUAUCUGGCUGACGUUCACCUCUUUGUGGGCACCCUCUGUUCCUGCUGCACUGUGUUAGGGCUGUUUUAAGCGUAGAGUACUUUCAGUGCAGGAGAUAAAAUAUUCAGAGUGGAUAGAGGAGGCAAAAGCGUUGAAAAUCAAUGAUUCUCAACGGUUUUUUUGGAUGGCGCACAACAAAGACAGAUUCAUGUGUGCGCGUGAUCAGAGGACGGAUGUUACCACGACGAGGGUUUUUCUCCACCUGACAGCCAAGUAUAUCAAUCUGGAAAAACAAACCCCACCAUAAUUUCCUCUCAUAUCACAUUUCAAGUCGCCGUAUAUCAACCGUCUUGGGAGCACCAAAGGAAAGUGGUACAUCAAGGCACAUCAUCUCUGUCUCUCCGAUGAUUCUGCAUGUAUACAGUAAGCAAACCCGUGAGAGUAGCAGAAAAUCUAUUAUUUAUAAAUGUCUAUUUUAUCUAUCAGUGAGUGACGUCUUCUAGAGCCUUUCAAAGCCAAAUGUCAGUUUGUGUUUGGCAACUUUUCUAAACAGCUUUCCCGUCUUUCCACUUCAGACAUUAGUGCUGGUGGCAUCAUGCGUGCAAUCCUCCAGAUAUCGAGUCUUGUGAUUUUUAGUAGCAUUCCUGUAGAAAAUGUGGUCUUUCUGUACCAUGGAAGUUCAAUAAAGACACAACACUG